CCGAGCGGAUAUCCACAUAUAUACAAAAGACGCGACCCCUAUCUCAAGUUCCCUUUCUCUCUUCCACCAGGUUGAUCAGUCCAUCACAGUCAAUUUUCUUCGUUCACGAACUUCCUCCAUCUGUACUCCUUUUCUCGAAUUGCCCGCCGCUUCCACUUCGAAGAAUAUCCCAAGUUCAAUCAUGUCCAUGAACACCAACGAACGGAAUGACGGGCCAGCAAGUCGCUUCCAUCAAGCAGAACGUACCCUCCGCACCCCCAGUAGGAUAUGUUGUGGAUGUAAUAUGUUAUUUACCACGGCUUACCUCCCUGCCUUGUGCUUGAACUGUAGUCAUGGAACAUGUGAAGCAUGUCCAGUCAAUGAAUUUGUGUGCCAUGGUCACGAUUUGAGUUCUCACAAAAGCACAUAUGAAGGGCCAAGCAACUCUCUCGGAAGAAUCCAGCCUACUCUCUUGAGUCUGGAUCAGGUUCGCGACGUGGAUGGACACAAUGAGCAAGAGUUGCGAGGCCAGGUACAACAUGAACGAGACCAUGAACAGGAAAACCAAGUGGAACCACAUCGAGAACAUCUGAAAGAGCCGCAGUCGUCAUCGAUUUCAGAGCGCAAAAAACGCAAGCUGAACAUGACCAAGUGCCAAAGGUGUCGAUAUGACAAAAAGGCUUGUAUCCGGCAAAUUUCGGGAAAAUGCAACCGCUGUACUGAAAAGGGGCUUCUUUGCUCAGAAGGAACCCGUGUGACACGCCCUAGGAAGCUUCCAUCUAAGUCUUCACUGCCAACUCACGACAAAAUUUCCCCACCAAUCAACUCGGGUGGCUUAGAAAUCAGCUUUGACCAAAUUGCUCUUCUCGUAAGCUACUACCAAAUGAUGAAAAGGGCUGAAGAGCAGCUCAAUAAACUUGACAAAGCUAUGAAAUUAUUCUUUGGACGGCCUUCUUGGCACACUUACAAAAGUUCGGUUGUAGAUUUUAGAUUAUUUGUCAGCACCAUCUACGUUAAAGCAAUUCUCCUAUGCUUGACAAGACUUUCGACUGAGAAACAGUUCCCGAAAACCCUUCCGACCCGCUCUUCGCUUAUCAGUCUUAUUCUCGCUACGGAUUCCCUCUAUAUGGCUGACGUCUGCCCUUUUUGCGAGAAAACCGAUAACGUAACAGCAAUUUAUGGGCUUAGCGAUUCUGUAGAUUUAUGCAGAAAUUUCGUGUUCAAGGAACACCUGAUCGACUACCAUGGCCCUGAGCUCAACAAGGACAAACUGGAAGAAGAGAUCCAAAUGUAUACCACGUUGUUAACUGAAGUACCACAGAAAAUCGGAGUGGUAUUUGAGUCUUUGGGCUGUUCUGAACUUGCUCAGCGGAGUAGAGCUAUCGGACUUUACCAUCAUGACUCGAUGAUUUGGUGGGAUUGGAAGAUACUGAUAUUGCGUACAGGAGAUUUUGACUGCUUGAAAAGGACAGCCCUCCAUCGUAUGCUCGAUGGCGCUUUUGAGGAUUAUGAAGAUCUUUCAUUUAUUUUGAAACAGGCUGAACACUUAUGGGAUGAUGUCAGCGUAUGGAAUAGUCAAGACAUACUUGGGAGAACACCACUGUACAUAUUAUGCCAGUUUGAAGAGGAUGAGGAUUUGGUCGAUUUCAUGCAGAAGGUAUUGGAAGCAGGCCCGGACCUGGGACUUGCUACAAUUUAUGGGACUAUUCCGUUGCAUCGCGCUGCUGCGAACGGAUCUAUUGAACUAUGCAAAGCAUUGGUAGAACGUGGAGGCAAAUUCGACGUGGGGGCUGAAGAUUGUGACAAGAGAACCGCGCUCGAUCAUGCGGUAGUCAAGAAACAUCAAGACGUGGUGAAUCUGUUAACAGACUGUUAUAUUGAGGCUGGGUUGGAGGAAAAGGUGGCGAAAGCACUCAGGAUCGCAACAGCAGUGAGGGAAGGAACAUACAGGAUAUAUUAUUCAUACGGCCGCUAGAAUGUAUGCCAAUUAAACUAUACUUCCCCAAAGCCUGUAUUUCAACAUCGAGCACAUAAUAGACAAUCAUUGUAUCAAACCAGCAAGAGACACGAGGAAGAUACAAAUAGU